AUGAAUACUGAAAAUUUUAAUAAGCGUGGUCACUAUGCAAAUUAUGAAUUUCAAAGAGAAAUCGAAUUACUUCUAAGAGCAGAGUCAGUGAUUGAUUUAUUAGAGGUUGGUGCAAUCCACAAGGUAGAUUCACUUACUAUGCCACCGCAUGUUAGAGCUGCUAGUAAUUUUGCAUGGAAUGAAUCUGCUGAUAUCAAAUCAGAGCCAGAAGAGACCAAAGAUUCUUACCUACAAUUGGUUUUUCAAAAUGGGACUUGCUCAACUUUCAAAGCACCAGAUAGGUUCAUCAGAGAUGAAUGGGUAUCUAGAUUAAAUGCCUUGAUGAAUUACUGGAAAGAACGCAAGAAAGAGGAUACAAAAAGAAUCAAUGAAAUCAAAUUAGAAAAUAUAGAAAGGCUAAACACUGAUGAAGGACUGGAAGCUAAUGUUGGUGAAUCAACUCCAAAAUGGGAAAAUUCAAGAGGUGUUGCAGAGCCAACUAUUCACAAUAUAAACUCAAAUGCCAUGUUAAGACCAGUUGUCAGAAGUGAUAUGCUAUUCCAGAAACCUAAGAAGCGUUCAAGUUUUAAGAAUUAUUAUGUUGUUUUAGUUCCAGGUUUUAUCAUCUUAUAUCGCCUUUUUGUUAGAGGCUUACGUGGGUUACCAUUACCAACCACACAUUAUGAUCAUUACUCAACAAUACCCAUCAUUGAUUGCUACGUGUAUUCUGGUAAUACAAGUGGCAUUUAUCUAUUGGAUAGAGACAGUGGUAUAGAUAAGGUCAAUCAAGGGUGUGGUCUAUUACCGUGA